AUGCACGGCUCCUUCUCAAGAAUCAAAGACAAGGCGAGGCGGCGUUUGGGAGAUCCCAGCCCGGAUGAGGCCUAUCUUUCAUACUACGACGUGAGGGUAACACGAGCGGAUCUUGAUAGUAUCAAGACCAAUGACUGGCUCACCGACAAUGCAAUUGCCUUUUGGCAGGAAUACCUCGAACGCGAAGAGCUUAUCAACUACCCCAAAGCCUCCAUCGUCCUCCUACGCCCCUCCAUGUCCUACAUGCUCAUGCAAGCCGCAGAGCCCCUCGCCCUCAAGGAAGCUCUGCCGAAUUUCAGCCACACUACACAUGUCUUCCUACCCAUAAACGACAACGUGGAUGUCACGCAGGCAGAAGGCGGGUCCCAUUGGUCUCUGCUGCUGGUGUCAAUCAUUGACGGCGUUUCCUUCCACUACGAUUCCAUGAGCCAGGCAAACGAGCGCGAGGCACGGAGCACGACCAUGAAGCUGGAGCAAUUGCUUGGGAAGAGACUGAGAUUUAUACCCAUGGGAGACAGUCCCCAGCAGGAGAAUGGAAGUGAUUGCGGAGUUUUUGUCUGUGUUCUCAUGCGCCACUUGUUGCUCAAGAGGCUGCUUAGAGCGGAUGCGAGCACCAAAGUGAGCAUGAGUAUGCGGGACGCCCAUAUCAAUGCCAAGGAUGGGCGGAAGACGAUGCUAAAGGUGAUUGAGGAGAGGAGAGAUGAGGGGAAGCGGAGACGCUCAGGUAGCCACUCGCCCUUUAGGAACCAAUCGUCAAACUCGAAGAGUCCUCCACGCAUUGGCGAAGAGCAAUCGCAAUCACAAUCCCAGGAGCGUUAA